GCGCAUUGUUACCCGAAGCUACUGCCCGGUCGAUGCCAGCCGUCAACAAACGCCACUGUGUGCGUGUGCGUGCGUGUGUCGCAUUCGUAAGCAAAGGUGACGUAUAAACAAUUGCAGGCGGGGGGGUUAAAGGUUCGCCUCCGUGAAGAGUCCACAUACGCGACGCGGGUUUGGGUUGGCCAGGGCCGCCCCCAGAAAGCGAAAGUUCGGCUGCACAUCGCUUCCGUUGUUUUGUUAGCGGCUCCAACACCGAAACAAAGAUGGGACCGGGGCAGCUCCUGCUGCUUGCGGCCGUCCUGCUCGUCGCCGUCCCGCCGACCGUGGCCCACGGCUGGGGCUCGGAGGACAUGGAGCUGUUCGAUCUGGUCGAGGAGGUGAACGAAAACUUCUACACGCUGCUAAACAUCAACCAGACGGCGACGCUGGCCGAGAUCAAGCGCGCGUUCCGCACGCUGUCGGUCGUGCUGCACCCGGACAAGAGCGAUGCGGAGGACGCGAACAUACGCUUCCGCAAUCUCGUGUCCGUGUACGAGGUGCUGAAGGAUCCGGGCCGGCGGGAAAAGUACGACAAGGUGCUGAAGGAGGGCAUGCCGAACUGGAAAUCGGCGCUGUACUACUACCGGCACGUCCGGAAGAUGGGCAUGGCCGAGAGUGCCGCCAUCCUGUUCGUGGUGAUCACGGUGAUGCAGUACUUUGUCGCGUGGGCGGCCUACUUCGAGAAGAAGUAUACGGCGGAACAAAUCGUGGGCAGCAAGCUGAAGAAGCUGAACAAGAAAAAGCAAACGAACGUGCAGCUGGAGGAGCUGAUCAACGAAAUUCCCCUGCCGAGCAUGAAAAACACGCUGCCCUGCCAGAUACCGGUGUGGCUGUGGUGCACGGUGACGGGGACGCCCGGCGCCAUUCGGCACCUGUUCGCGCUGUACUCGGAGCAGAAGAAGCAGCGGGAAGAGGAGCUGCAACGCGAGAAGGAAGAGAUCGAGCUGCAGGCAUCGCUCGAGGAGCAGCGGGCAAAGGACAAGGAGAACCGCAUCCUGCGCAAACGCUCCAAGAAGAUGGUGGUGCCGGAAAAGACGGACGAAGAGCUGGCCGCGUACAGCCAGCGCAUCCACAAGCCGGGCCAGCCGGCGGAAGGGGCAAGCACCAGCACCGCCGCGCCCCUGCCCCAGUCCGGCGGGCUGUGGACGGAGGACGAUCUGGUCGAGCUGGUGCGGCUGGUCAAGAAGUACCCGGGCGGUACGAGCAACCGGUGGGAGCUGAUAGCCGAGCUGAUGCAGCGCAGCGUCGAGGAGAUCACGUACAUGGCGGCCAAGAUGAAGGAGUGCGGCUACCGGUUGCCCCACCAGUCGGAGGGUGCGCGGGGGGACGAGAGCGGAGGCUCGUCGGGCGCGCCGGUCGCCGCCAAGGUGAAGACGAAAACGCGCGAUACCGCCGGCGGCGGCGAGCUGGCAGCGAGCGGCAGCACCUGGACGCAGCAGCAGCAGCAGGCGCUCGAGGUCGCCAUCCAGAAGUACCCGAAGUCGGCCAACUACGACCGCUGGCAGAAGAUCGCGAACAGCGUGCCGGGCAAGUCGAAGGAGGAGUGCGUCGCCCGCUACAAGUAUCUGGUCGAGCUGGUGAAGAAGCAGAAGAGUGCGGCGGCCGCGGAUGAGCCGGCGGCGGAUGACGCUGCACCGCCCAAGCAGGACCCGCCCAAGCAGCAGGAUGACGGUGGCGAUGAUGAUAAUGAAGAUGACGGAGCAGCUCCACCACCACCAGCACCGACCGGCGGCAAGAGCCAGGCAAAGAGCAAGCGGCGGGAGCGCAAGAAAGCGAAAGCGUACUACAGCUACUCGGACGAUUCGGACAUGUCGGACGAGCCGGAGGAGAUAUGAACGUGCUGCCGCGUACGCGCGUGCGAUACUUGGGACGACGUGCGGCGGGAAAAGCAAAAGCAGGCACAAAGAGCACGCACCCCUGGAGAACUGACGACGUUUCGUAUUUUUUUUUUUUUUUUGCUGUUCUUCCUUUUUUAAUUGCUCCCCUCCUUGCCGUCGCUGUGUGAAUAUCUGUUCUAGAUUGUUAUUGUUUGGGGAGGGGGGUAAAGACGGCCGUUAGAAUAAAAGAAAGCAUCGCUCAAGCGUGUGCUUGAACGUGUGUGUUUGUGUGUGAGAGAGAACAUUAACGAACAAAAAAAAAAUAACGCCGUGCGUUCGUGUUUUUCUUCAGAAAACAUCAUUUUAAUUCAAUGAUGUAACAUACGAGGGUCGAGUAGGGUUGGGAGGUGUGGGGUGAAUGAUGAUACAGCACGCACCCCUGCGUUCGUUACGCCAUGUCGAUUCGGGACGUUUUAACAAGCAAGCCUUGGGGAUUGCUUUAGAACGUGUGUGAUUUAUUGAUUCUAUGCUGCGCUUUAUGCUUUCUAACUUUCUUCCCCAUGCCUCCCUGACCCCUCUCCCCCCCCCCCCCAUCCCCCCUCGUCUCUUCAUUUUUUUUUCAAUUCUAUCCCGCACCCCGCUCAUUAAACUGGGUUUAAUUGUUGCGCACGUGCCUUCUAGAAACGCGUAGACGAAAGACUUCAACGAGAGGCGAAGCGAUGAACCCCCAUGGAUGGUCCCCCUUUGGGGGUGGAUUUGCGGGACGCAUCAAACGGAGCCUAAUGAACGUGUGCGCGCACACACACACACACACGCGCGCAACCUCUUCUUAUCAAAAGCAACACACAUGCGAUAGAAAAGAAAUGGAAAAGCCCGCAAUAUAACAACAACAACAACAACAACACAUUCGGAGACAGAAGAUGCGUGCGGCCACUUCCGUCUCGCUUUCGGGCGCUUACCGGGCCUGCCAAAAUUUCUGGCACUGCCAAAAAAAAAAAAAAGAAGUAAAAAAGCCUCGCCCUCCCGCUUGGUUCCUUCAAAAUAAAGACGUUCGCAGUGUGAA